AUGGGUGAUGGUCUUUCAAUUCAAACAGAAGAAACGGACCCUGAGAAAGACUCCACUUUUGAAACAAUAAAUGUCCCUAAAUAUACUGAAAGUGAUGAUGAAUCAGCUGUUGAAAAAGAUCUCAAAGAAAUCAAUGUAGCAAGUAGCAGCUCAACAAAGGACACAUGUAUUACCAAGGCUUACAUGGAGGAGGAGGUUCUUGCAACAAAAACUGUUCAGUCUGGAGACCUUUUUAACACCAGUGACAACUUGGGAAUCGAGGACGCACCAUGCCAUACUGGACAAGACUUGUUGGACUUGAACCGGCAAGUUAGUAGGGAUUUUAGGGUUACCUGUAAAGACUCGUCGGCUUGUCGGGCUGAUCACGAGGUGGCAAAUGGUCAAGCGAAAAUGUUGUCUGAAACGUUUAUCCAGGAGUCUGAUGAUGAUAGUCUACGCCAAAUAAGUGGGGAUCUCUCGGACAUCAGCAAAGAUGACCAGAAAGAGACUACAGAGGGAUUACAAGAACAAGAUCACGAUAUGAGAGAUAACACCAGCAACAAAAACAUGUUCGAGCUAAAAGACAGCUCAGAAGUAAAGGUGUCAACAGCAGCUUUCAGUGAUGACGUAUUACCUGUUGUGCAAGAUGAGAGCAAAUGUCAAGGGUCAACGAUGGAGCUUAAACAUACACAAAGUAAAACCCUGGAGGAUUUUGGUAUCGACAGAAAUGAGGAACUUCACAACAUUUCAUCUUGCUCUAUGGAAAUAAACAUUCCAAUUAAUUUAUUCCAACAGUCUCCCAAACUGGACAAUAUUGAGUCCAGUAUUAAACUAUGUGGGAUGAAAGGAACUGAAGACGAAUUUAAUCGGACGUUACUUAACUCAGAAGCAACAUCUUCAUACAGUCUAAAUGAAAUGCACGAGGAGCAAGAUGUAAACCCAAAUAUAACAGAAAGAACAAAGAUGGAACCAGAGAAUGAUGAAAGAGAUAAAAGGACAAUGAUUCAAGAGGACAGUGAUACCCCAGGACAACCAGAGGAAGACAAUUAUACCAAUAAAGAAGAAACCUCUAUUGGAAUUCUAAAUGAAGAAGUAAAAAAUGAAACAUUACAAGAAGACACAGAAAUGUUAGAUAUACCCUCCAGCCCUGAUAAUGUACCUACUCCUGGAGAUGAUGCUGACCCAUCAAUAGGGUCUACUAAUUAUGAAACUCCCUUCUCUUCAAGCCCAAAGCUGGAGCGACCUCGUGACUUACCCAUCAUCUUGAGUGGACUCAAAGAGCUAAAGAAAGAAGCAGGUAACAAUCCAAAAGAAGCAGCAAGCCCAGAACAACCUGAAACUUCUGACAUGAUUAAACAAAGCUCUGUUAAACGAGGACCGUUCUCUGAUCAGCGUCCCAAACCUGAGAAUAAAGGGAGCAUCCUGGAGCAGCUCUCUCAGCUCCUGAGCUUUGAUACCAGCAAAGUAGGAAUAAAGAAAGAAAAGAUAUUUACUGCAAAUCCCCCAGUCUCUCCUAUAGUCCAGACUCCAUCAGUGGAAAACCUGGCAGAUGACGACACAGAGGAAAACAGCAAAUCCACAAGUGCAGAAACAGCACUUGAUACUUUCAGGGCUUUCUUUACCCCUAAACCAGUUAGGAGGGACACCUUAGAUCACGUUGAUCUGGACGCUGUGAAAAGGGCAUUCAAACCAGAGGCAAUCAGAGCGCUCUUCGAUAGAAACGCUAACAAGACUCCAGACAAGACCAUCUCUGAUAAAUCUGCCGAGAGUGAGGAAAGGACCCCAGGGCGACUGCAGGCCGUCUGGCCCCCUCCAAAGCCUAAAGACGAGGAGGAAAGAAUAGGCUUGAAAUACACCGAGGCAGAACACCAGGCAGCUCUUCUUCAUCUGAAAAGAGAGUGCAAAAAAGAGGUGGUGGCAUUGGAGGCUGAUUUUAAGCUCCAGAUCUUACAACUGAAAGAGGAAAACCAAGAGGCUGCAUCAAGACUCCAGACAGCCAUUGCAGAACUGAAAAAGGUGACCCAGUCCUCGCAUAAUGAUCGUCAGGAUGUGGCCGUUUCUACAGAUGACAUCUAUACAACUCGCACCUUACGCACCGUGUGCAUUCAGACUGACCGUGAGACUUUUAUCAAGCCUAAAGAGAAUGAAAAAAUAAACAGUGGAAUCUGUCCACAACCGAGUGUGCCUAAAAAACUUGAUCUUGAUUCAAUCAGUCGUAGCCUUUCUGGCAAACAGGACCCUGUUUCAAAACUAGAACAAAAUUCUGCUUUACCUGUAUUAACACAUUCACCACCACAUCCACCACCACCUCCACCACCUCCACCACCACCUCCACCACCCCUGGCCUUGACUGAUGAAUCAGAAUUUAAUAACACAACUAAACAACCUGCAAGAUUACUACCUGAUUCUACUGUUUCUUCAAAUCCUGCUCCAUCAAUGACUGUUCACUCACCACAUGAACAAAAUAAUGGAAUACCUCCUCCUCCACCACCACCACCACCACCACCACCACCACCUACAAUUGGAAGUGGACUUUUGCCUCCACCACCCUUACCAGGCCCUGUGCCCACCCAUCCUGCUAGAACUGAUGAGAGACCACAAAGAAAGCAAACAGUAGAUCCCGUUUGUCCAAUGAAGACACUCUACUGGACUAGAAUCCAGAUUCGAGCUGGCAGAAAUAAUACACUGUGGAGCUCACUGAAGGAGCCAGCCUUAAUAAACAGCAAUGAGUUCGCUCAGCUGUUUGCUAAAAUGGCUUCACCCACCAAAAGGAAACCCCUCUCUGAGGCCUACGAUAAGACAGUAAAAGCUAAGAAGAUCAUCAAGGUGUUGGAUGCUAAGCGUUCCCAAGCAGUGGGCAUCUUAAUCUCAAGUCUGCACCUGGAGAUGAAGGACAUAAAGCAAGCUAUUAUAACACUGGACAACUCUGUGGUUGAUGUGGAUGCUAUUGAAGCCCUGUAUGAAAAUAGAGCUCAGCCUGAAGAACUGGAAAGAAUAAGAAAACACUGUGAAACAUCUAAUGAGGAGCAUGUCAAACUGCUAGACAGACCAGAACAGUUCCUGUAUGAGCUCUCCCAGAUUCCUCAGUUCACUUUGAGAUCACACUGUAUCAUUCUCCAGUCAACAUUUAAUGAUGCUGUUGCAUCUAUCCAGCGCAAAACAGAAAAAAUCCUGCAAGUGUGCAAGGACCUGCUGGACAGAGACAGUGUAAGGCAGGUGCUGGGUUUGAUUCUCGCCCUUGGAAACUACAUGAAUGGUGGAAGCAGAACCAGAGGCCAAGCAGAUGGUUUUGGCCUAGAGAUCCUUCCCAAGCUCAAAGAUGUUAAAAGCAGGGAUAACAGCUUAAAUUUGGUGGAUUAUGUGGUUUCCUACUAUCUACGUAACUUAGAUGAGAAUGCUGGGACAGAAAAGUGUGUGUUUCCAUUGCCUGAGCCUGAGGAUGUCUUUCUUGCUGCCCAGGUUAAAUUUGAGGACCUUACCAAAGAGCUGAGAAAGUUGGGGAAAGACUUAGAGGGUUGUCAAAAAGAUCUCCAAAGUAUUUGUUUGAUAUCGUCUGAAGAAUACAUCCAUCCCUUCAAGGAGAAAAUGGAAGCUUUUCUUCUCAGUGCAAAAAAUGAACAAAUGGCAGCCGAACAACAUCUGACAUCUGCACAAGAAAGCUUCCGUAACCUGGUGCAGUACUUUGGGAUGAAGCCCUGUUCUGGUGAGCAGGAUGUUCAGCCCAGCCAUGUUUUUAUGCUUUGGUUUGGGUUCUGCAAUGACUUCAAAACUAGAUGGAAGAGAGAGAAUAAGGUCAUAUUUAAAGAAAGACUGAAAGAAGCCCAGCAUUCAGUGCACAGCAUCAAAUCAGAGAAGAAAGUGGAGACCAGGCAGGUCCAUCCAAACAGCCUAAAGAAGAGGCUGCGACAGAAAGAAGCAAGUCUAACCAGCUCUUAAUCCUUAAACAAACUUUCCACAUUGAUAUGUUUAUACUAAGAUUAUAUAAAAUAAUUUUAUUUUCAUAACAUUUGCACAAAACAAAUUAGCUUCACAGAC